UCGGGCUUUCCGGUAUGCGGGGCACGAACACGUUUGUUGUACUGGGAACUAGUCGAUGCCACGCAUACUUCUGUCCUCGUGAAACACGAGGUUGUUCAUUUUCCUUCAUAGUCAACCAAUUCGGGACCGAAAAACUGCUUGAAUCGGAUUUUUUUUGAGAAGUGAAGGGAUUCUACAAAGAGGAGAUAUAUUCCAGUUUCUCUCUUGAUGACUGUCAUAUGUUACAUUCGUGUAAAAAUCCAGCACUUUAGGGCAAAAGUUGGAGUCUUCGCGUUGGAUCACCUCAUUAUUCUACAAGAGGGGUGCAGCGUGUUCUGGUACGUUCAUGGCGACGGUACGUACGCGUGUGUGUAUACUUCACCUGGAUUUUGAUUCUGAAGUGAGGAGAUCUCUCAUCAUCUCUGUAUAUUAUGGGCACAUAACUCGACAAUCUGCACACGGGACGAGUACAGGCUACCUUUACCUUAUGGCCAGUGCUUCCUCCGUUAGUGGUUAGGAGGAGUGCAAGACCGAGGAAGGAAAUAAACUACCGUAAACUUAACAGUGGUCCCACCCUUCGUGAAGAGAAACCUGGACGUAAGACGUGGUCUACCUCUAAAUUAUACGAGCUAAUUGUAACCGACUCCAAGGUUAUAAAUGAUGAACUCUUUGUAAAAGUUCAUUACACCGCUGAAGAGUGGAGUUCAACUUUGUACGAUGAAUGGCGUGAAGCUGGCGAUAUCAUAGAUGUGCCAGAUUGCUUCAUCGAAUAUUCUGAGGAACAGAGAAGCCUAUUUCUUGAGCAGCUAAAAACAUCGGUAAAGGAGUCGCUCCACGGACAACGAAAAAUUGACAGUGUUGUCAAUAUCGAACUGCCAAUUCCGCGGAAUCUCUUUGCAGAGUUAACUUCAUUUGGCAUCAAUGGGAACAAUUCACGCAUUUUUCUUAAAUCGCCUACAGAUUUAAACUGCUUACUUGGUGACGGGUGGAAUUGGAGAAUUUUUAACCCUCAAGGCGAUUAUUCCUUCAUAGAGCCAGGAACUGUAUCUUUUCGCUUGAAGGAGAGGAAGCCACUUGAACAGUAUUCACCAGAUGGCAGCUUGCAUCUGAUCCACAGAGGGUUCCAGUUCCAACUCAGAUUCUCCCGUGGCAUUGGAAACCGAUUUGAUUUCCAGAAGUUUUAUAGUGCCUAAAUUUAACAUUGUGUGUUUAGCUUUUUUGUUCACCUCCUUGUUUGCAUGUAUGCUAUUUUUAUCUAUGUAAGCUAACUUGCAAUGUGCUCAUAAUUUUUGGUAUUCCAAGUACGCCUGUAUGUACAUGUGUACAUGGACAUGAACAUGUACAUGUGCACAUAUUUUGUAAUGUAGGUUUCACAGAAACAAUAGCUACAGGUAAUUUCCACAUUCUCUGGUUCAGUUUUGUUUAACUUAGGUUUCUACGCUGAUCCAUUUUCUUCCUAUUUGAAACAAUGGGCGCCAUCGGCACUUUCAUUGUUGCCGCUUUGGCAUUCAUGUGUAUUGUUCGACCACUUUGUGCCAGUCCCGAAGACGAGACUGUUUACCCGAACAUUGCUGAAAUUGAUGUUACGGAAAUGUUCCUCUUCAAUUUGGUCAAAGAUGUAAACGGACAACUAUCAUCUGAAAAUGUGCAAACAGUGUUUCAACGAAUAAUAGCCCGUCAGAACAUCUCCCCUGAAAGAGUUGAUUCAAACUCCUUGACUGCAUUAAGAAGUAAGCUUGGCAGGCUGUGGCAUUCUUGGAGAAGUCAGAAAGGCUCAAACGGGCGAUCAAAAUUACUGAGAACAUUUGAGAAAAAUGUAUACACUCUGAAAGUUCCCCACAAAACUGGCAGCCCAACAAAGCGAAAGUUAGAGUAUCAAUUAGAAAGUGAAAAGAUUAAAAGGAGAAAGGUUGAAGAAAGUUUGGCUACUGUUAGCAAUGACUUGGUGAAGUGCUCCCAAGAGAAAUUGGAAGUUGAAAGAAAAUUUGAAAGAUAUUCAGACCCCAAAAAACGUGAAAAGGGAGAAAGGGGGCGAACAAAAGGAAAACAGAGCUACAUGUAUAGUGAGAGACAAAGACGUAGACACAAACACAAACAAAUCACUGACAUGAAAGAUUUUCUUGAAUGUAGGAAAGAUUUGUUGAGUGUUGAAUUCCUAGAUGAGGGUGGGCAGACAGUGAAGGUUGUUCGGAAUGACAAUGAUUAUAUAAUAAGAACGGCAGACCAAAUAUGUGAAGAGGAUAUUGAUGAGAUGAUAUUCAUCAUGGACACAUUCAAUGUCACGCAAAGUGGGUACCAUGAAAUUGCCCAACGUUACAGUGCUCUUCCUAGAGCAUGUAGGAUUGCCAAACGAAGAAAUGAGCUGUUGCCAUGUUUGAAAUAAAAACAUUGGAGGGUGAUUUUCACGGUGUAUUCAAAUCACUGAAAACUAAUCUAAUUUACGUGUUGAGUGAUGAAACUAACGCUCAUUUUAUUCAGGAUGGGAAAGUAAAGAUCAAAUUGAGUGGGGAUGGAACCAGAGCUGGAACUAAAAAACACUUGGUAAACAUGAGUUACACUGUAAUCGGUGACAAAAACUGUAUGUCAGAACGUGGAAAUUACCUGUUAGCUAUUGUUCAGUGUCCAGAGACAAGAGAAUGUUUACUCAAAGCCCUCAAGGAUCUGAUUGACGAAUUUAAUUCCUUGGAUUCUGUUGAAAUUAAUGGUGAGUUGAUCGAAGUUGUUAAGUUUGUUGGUGGGGACCUAAAAUUUCUGAAUCAGGUCACAGGCAUUGGAGGCUUUGCAUCAACAUUCUCUUGUCUUUGGUGUAAAUGUAGCAAACUCGAACGGUCGGAUGUGACCAAGAAAUGGUCUAUGACCGACACUUCUCAGGGAGCUCGGACAAUCGAGGAAAUAUCAGAGUGUGCCAAAUUGCCAAAAAAGAGCAAAACGAAGUUCAAUUGUGAUGCCGAACCAAUUUUUUCAUCUGUUCCUAUUGCUAGAAUUAUCCCAGACACCCUUCAUCUUUUUCUUCGGGUUAUGGAUCAGUUAGUGUACCAACUCACAUACUAUCUGCAACAUCUUGAUAACUGUGUACGUCUUAAUCCAAGCCUCAAUCUCGACAAAUGCGACAACCUUAUGAGAUUUCAAAAUUUCAUAAUCAAACUGGGUAUCACUGACUGGAAAUACAUUAUUAAUGAUGGCAAAAUCCAGUCAAGAUCCUUCACCGGCCCUGAGAACAGAAGAGUACUUUUCAAUAUAGAUUUAAAUGCAAUCAUCCCUGAUCAUCCUAAACUGACCAGUAUUCAAGCCCUUUGGAACUCGUUUAAGGAGUUGGUAGCCCAGAUGAAUAAAAACCUGGAACCAUUUGAUAUUGAUCGGUUUGGGUCCUCCGCCAAGAAAUGGUUAGAACUGUAUCAGACGGUAUAUUUGGCAAAGGAUAUCACUCCAUAUAUGCAUGUGCUGGCAUACCAUGUACCAGAAGUAAUGAGAACACAUGGUAACAUAUCAUUCUUCUGCCAACAAGGUCUGGAAAAAUUAAAUGACCUUGUCACCAAGUGGUAUUUUCGGUCUACAAACUUUGGCAAAAGUGCUCUGAAGCAGAUAAUGCAAAAACAAAACCGGCUAAGACAUCUCGAAUCAAAAUGUAAGAGAACCCCAAAAUGGCUUGUAAGAUGCAGCAUUUGUCAGAAACAAACUCAUCAUAACCGAGCAACAUGCCCGGAACAUCUUCAAUGAAUAUACUUCGUCUCCUUUUAUGCUACUUAAGAUAUCACCUACUGUACAUGUCCAUUACUUCUGAAACAUGGUAUGCGAGCACAUGCAUAUACCCCAAAAAUGGCUUGUCAGAUGCAGCAUUAGUCAGAAAUAGAAUCAUCAUAGCCGAGCAACAUGCCCGGAAUAUCUUCAAUGAAUAUACUUCGUCUCCUUUUAUGCUACUUAAAAUAUAAACACAUUUAUCACCUUCUGUACAUGUUCAUUAUUGAUGUAAAACUUUGUGGUCAUACAUGUUGUAUAACCUGAUCAAUUUGAAUGUGCACCACCUUGGUGUGCGCUUUGAUGGAUAUAUACUCGUAGAUAGCAGAAGUGUAAAGUUUGUGUAUUUGUUCAUUGUUGAUGUAAAGCUUUGUGUUUUUCCCCCUUAUGAUUUUUUUCCCUAAAGGUUGUUGGAUAACUACUUAAGUAAUAUGCAGGUACUUAAUUUGAAAUGUGUUUUGUUGUACGAGUAGUAAAUUUAUUAUCAUUUUGUAAUGAAGCCUUUGGAAACUAGUGCCGCAUCGAAACAAAUUGAACUUGCCUUUUGCUUGACCUUUAUUGGUUUUAAUGUUUUGUGAGACCAGAACAAAACAUUGUGCAGACAGCUGAAAAAAGUGUGCAUUAUUUAAAGAUGUUUUAUUUUGUAGUUCUUUUCACUGAAUAUUGUUUAAACAGAAUGUAAUGCCAAAGUAACAAAUGCCAGUAUUAUGCCGUUAUUUGCCAUUCACUAAGUUAUGUCAAGUUUCAGUUGAGCUCCAAGCCAAGUUAUUUCAUCAUUACGUGGAAAAAUAUUUUUCCACAGCAUAAAAUGUAUUUUCGAAAUGAAUAGCAAUACUCAAACUCAGGGUUUUUUCAACUUCAGACAUUCAGCAUGAGACUGAGAGUACAUCAUCUAUGCAUUUUUAUCAAAAAUCUAAAUAGGUUCAGCAAUGGUUUCAAUUUCAUUGUAUUUUUGUUAAAGUUACAAUUUGUUGGAAAAUGUUACGUUGAAAGCAUUUUGAUGUUUAUUGUGUGAAGUAAAUAAACACCUAAUACACACAAACGUACUGAACACUUA